AUGAUCAUUACGAAGGCCUCUUCUAUUGUCCUUGAAGAUCCCGAUUUUGCCGGUAUCAAUCAUGAAGCACAGCGCGAGCUGAUGGCCUAUAGUGAGGGAAGGUCAGAGGGUUGCCCUUCAAGAGAAGAUGUCCCUAAACAAGAUACUCGAGAGACAUGGGGCCACUAUCCAAAGAAGAUGGAUGAAAAACCCCGUCAACAGAGGCUUCAAAUUCUCCUCAAAUAUUGGCCUGAUAUGCCUGUUAGCCAUCGUCCUGAUUUCGCGGCUUUCCGGCAAGAGCAUGCAGUAGAUCGACACGCACAUGGAUCCAAGCUGAAAGACCAUUUCAUGUGGCCUACUGUCAACCAGGAAGACCUGUCGGGGCCCAAACUCAUUCUCUUGCUGCUGAAUGCCAGGGGAAGACUUGCUCCUCCUGCCUUUGCUGCAGUUGAUUACGAGGGGCUGUGGUUUGGCAAAGCGACGAGAGGUCUCCAUCCUGAAUUUCUUCAUUACCAUACCAUGAUCAUGCAUGGUGCUACAAACGCUGAGGAAUACGGAAAGCUCAUUCACUGGGAGUCUCACCCAGAUGCCGAAGAAUGGGUGAGAACACGAAGGCAGCUUCUCCCUGGAGACGCCCUCUUGGUUCUCGAAGUUCAGGAACGUCUCAUGAAAUUUCUUGUUGACUGCUGCCACCAAAUUCUUCACGAGAUUCCCCCAGACAUCAUGAUCAGCGACGAAUACCCCAUCCAACCCGAGCCAACAUUGAAGACGGACAGUGACGCCUCUGGGUUUGCCUCCCUGGCUGUAAUCACUGCCGAGGCUCCCUACAAGCGACCAGCAGGCCUCGAUCUUUGGAAUUUGCUUGAUGUCCUUGAGGCUAGGAUGUUAGCUGCACAAGAUCACAUUUGGUCCUUACGAGAGGACCCUGCCUACUUUUCUGAGCAAUUCCGCGAGUACCUAGACCAUCGCGAAGAGAUGCUUCCAGACACCAAUGGUAAACCGCAUCCUGUCACUCAACCCCACCGAAUCAAUACCCUCUGGUCCCGAGUGCUUCUCAAUAUGGUUGUGCACGCCUAUUCGAACCUACAUUUCUUUGCAAUUUUGUAUGCUAAAGUCCUGAAUUGCAUCGAGUCUGAGGAAUCCUCUCACAACGAUAUCGAUCCUGCGAAGGAUUUGCCCGAGACGUAUUUUCACACUUUGACGUUAUUCAAGUUCUGUCUGGACCAAGCAGUCACGGUUUCUUUAGACCAACUGGAGCACUCUGAAUUCGCCUCACCUCCCAUGCGGAAGUUCUUCGCUCGCAUGCCACCUCCAGAUCCUUAUACCUCAGAUAUGAAUGUGAUCCCCCGUGCGGGGGUCAAGAUUACUGGAGUCGAUAAAGAGGUCUUAUUCCUCAUUCAAACGUUGUGGAAGGAUGACAUGGGGCUUUUUGUAGCACGCUUGCCGCUCGUCGUUGAUGAACUGGAGCGGUUGAUGCAGGCAGAUUCCAAAGCAGAUGCACUCAUAUCGGCUCAUGUCGCCAAGAUACUUGGUGAUAUUGCUAUUGUAGCACAGUGUCUUAAACAGCUGGAGUUGUACCAGCCAUGGGCCGCUCAAUUCGACGAGUCUAUCCAAUCUAACAUUGAAAUACACCGGGAGUCUUGGAGUAAGAUAGGGACCGAUUUCGGGCAAUUGCACGAUGCCUUCCUGAGGAAAGAGUUUGAUGAAGCAGCUAGGCUCGCAGAGCCGUCGGGUGGGAAAUUUACCUAUCCGUAUAGCAAACGCCGUACCAAAGAGACGGUAGAUACCAUGCGCCGAGCUGAAGCCAACCUGGAUAUAGUCUGGGCCAAGAUCGACCAAAUCACUCAAAAGAACGUGACAGGGUUUGAGAACACUAUGGUUUACGCACUGCUUUCCGGAUCGCGGACCCUGCGAAGGACGCCUGAGUGGGUUGAGCCUAUCAAGAGUGACUCGAAGGCCGAGUCUAUUACGAAUCGAGAUCUAUGGGAACUCAACAAACCUCUUUCGAAACUGUUUCUAGGCGAGCCUACGCAAGAACCUAAGAAGUUCAAACCAGAAGUCAAGUCAAAGACCAAGGUUAAGACCAAACGUGAUCCUAAAGCGCUUGCCACUCCCGAAGAGGCGACCCCGCCGGCAGUUGAAGCAGAACCAGCGACUGAAGCCACGCAGCCCACAUUUGCUGUUGAUGCCAAAGCGCUCAAGGUGUUCCGUACUCUGUUCUUCGAUCCCGAAGUAACAUCGACUCCCGGCUUGAUCCCGUGGAACGACUUCCUCUAUGCCAUGGCGGCGACUGGCUUCAAGAUUGAGAAGCUGUAUGGCUCGGUCUGGCAAUUUACUCCGACUCAGCUGGACGUUGAACGCGGUAUCCAUUUCCAUGAACCGCACCCCAUGGGUAAGAUUCCUUUUGAGACGGCUAGACGACAUGGACGGCGAUUGACGAGGGCUUAUGGUUGGCAUGGGGGUAUGUUUGUACUGAAGGAAAAGUCUUGA